AUGGACUUCUGUGGUAUAACCGGUAAUAAUAAAGUGAAAUUUUUCAUCGCUAGUAUUGGAUCCGAAACAUUUGCGAUUUUGAGGCGGCUUGCUUGUCCAAAGCGCCCAAAAGAAUUAACUUUCGACGAGUGUAUAAAAUUAUUGGAAGAGUAUUUCGAUCCUAAACCGUUACAAGACGUAUGUCGUUAUAAAUUCAGAAAACGAAAGCAGUUAGAAAACGAAAAAUUCGCUACAUUUCAUGCUGCUUUGAACGAAUUAUCAGUGAAUUGCAAUUUCGGUGAUCGAAUGGAAGAAGAAAUUCGAAGUCAAAUUAUAUUCGGUGUAUACGAUGGUCGAGUUCAGAAGCAGUUAUUUAAUACUCCAAAUCUCACGUUCAAAAAAGCUGUCGAAAUAAUUACCAAUUUCGAAUUGGCUAAUAAAAGUUACAAUGAGGUUCAUGUUGGCGAAAAUUCAAGUUCAAGUUAUACAGCUGCGCCUAAUGUUAAAACUGAACCGAAUGUAAAUAAAGUAAACGAACGAGUAAAGAAAAAUUAUUUUCCUGCUUCGAAAAAGAGAAGACCUCCAUCAAAAGUUCCUGUUGCACCGUCAGCUAAACCAGAUCAAAAUUCAGUUGAUGUUUGCUAUCGUUGUGCAAGAAAAAAUCACCGUGCACCUGAAUGUCGUUUUAUAAAUAGUACCUGUAAUUCCUGUAAGGAGGUUGGUCAUUUAGCCACAGUUUGCGGAAAAAAUCACGAUGAAAUUCGAGCAGUGGCUUUCCGUAAAAAGAAUUCAUCGGUCAAAGUUGUAAAUACAAAGCAUUCGUUAGAAUCGGUUGUUGAUAUCGGAAAAGUGUCCGCAGUUUCGGUUUCGAGUGCGAAAAAUAAUGAUUCAGAAUUACCACCUGAUAAAAUUUUUAUUGUGCUCGCCGUGAAUGAUAAAUCUGUCAAAUUUGAAGCGGAUUGUGGUUCCGAUUUUACGUUUAUGUCGCUUGCCGAAUGUACGAAAUUAGGUUUGAAAAAUAAAAUUCAACGUGCGCAUCGUGUAUUCGAAUCAUACGAUCAUAGUUCUAUCGAGCUUUUUGGAAUUGUACCUGUUAAAGUGCGUUAUAAAAGUCGUGUAUUGAAUCUUCGACUUCGUAUUGUGGAUGGCGAUUAUUCUACGCUUCUUGGUCGUGAUUGGUUACUGCCGUUCAAUAUCGAUGUUCGUGAACACGUUAAUUCAACUGCAAAAAUUUAUCAAACCAAAUUGAACGACCAAAACGAAUUGUUGCGGAAAAUCGAAGCGUUACAUGAACGGUUUGCAGAUUUGUUCGUUGAAGAAAUCGGUUGUAUUCCAAAUUCAGAAGUGGAUAUACAUUUGCAACCAGACGCUGUUCCUGUUUUUUGUCGAGCUCGUCAAGUGCCCUUUGCGUUACAGAAAGCGGUUAACGAUGAAAUUGAUCGACUAGUGGCCAAUGGAAUUUAUACCCCCACCACUUCAUCAAAAUGGGCCACACCAAUUGUUCCGGUAAAGAAAAGUAACGGUGCGAUUCGUUUAGUCGGUGACUACAGUAUUACAGUCAACCGUCACAUUGUGCCAAAAAAUUACCCAAUACCGAAUAUUGAAGAAGUGUUGGUUGGUUUCAGUGGUUGUUGUUAUUUCACGAAAUACGAUAUUCGUGAUGCGUACAUGCACAAAAAGUUUUCGAAAAGUGCAUCAGAAAUUGCAACUGUCAACACACCGAAGGGUCUUUUCCAUGUAAACCGAAUGGCUCAAGGUUUGCAAAUGUCUGCGACGGAGUGGCAAUCGUUUAUCGAUGAUAUGACAAAAUUGAUCCAGGGAUGCGCUGCGUUUUACGAUGACGUGAAAAUUUCUUCAUCUUCACCAGAAGAACAUUUGCGAAGAAUUGAAGAAUUCCUUAUCGCAUGCCGAAAGAACAAUCUCCGUUUACACAAAGAUAAAUGUGUACUUUUGACUGACAAAUUGGAUUACCUCGGUUACAGUGUUGAUAAAAACGGUUUGCACAAAACUACUGAAAAGGUUGAUGCGAUAAUUAAAGCCAAGAGACCUGAAAAUGCGGACCAAUUGAAAGCUUUUACUGGCUUAUGCGGUUAUUAUGCCAGGUUCGUGCCAAAUUUGAGUGAUAUCAUGCAUCCUCUCAACUUACUUCAACGUAAAAAUGCUCGUUUCGUGUGGUCUGAUGAAUGCGAAAAUUCCUUUCGUAAAAUUAAAGAAGAAAUUGCUUCGGAACGAGUACUUCAUCAUUUUGACCCAAAUAAGAAGCUGAUUUUGGCUACCGAUGCAUCGCCUUACGCCUUGGGAGCUGUACUUAGCCAUAUCGAUGGAAAUGGCAACGAACGUCCAAUUGCGUUUGCUUCGCGUUCGUUAACCCCUACCGAGUGUCGUUACAGUCAAAUCGACAAAGAAAGUCUUGGAAUUUAUUGGGGCGUUAAGAAGUUUUUUAACUACGUUUAUGGUAGAAAGUUCGAAUUACAAACGGAUUGUCAGCCAUUGCAGUCAAUUUUUGCGUCAACAGCAAGCAAACCUUCGCUAAGUGCAACACGUCUUCUGCAUUAUGCGUUAUUUUUACAAGGAUUCGAUUAUGAAAUUAAAUACCGUAAUUCGAAGUAUCAUGCGAAUGCAGAUUUUGCAUCAAGGUUUCCAGUAACGAAGGGCAAUCCUAAUCAAAUCGAUAUGCCAACGCAAAUUCACCGCGUUCAACUUCAAACCUUACCUGUGACUGCGAAGGAAAUUGCAGACGAAAUUUUAAACGAUGAUUCGGUUUUGUCGUUAUAUCGCCAACUUCAAGGUAUCGAUCCGAUUAGAAGAAAAUCGCAAGAGUUGCAGGAGUAUUCGUUACAGGAUGGUUGUAUUUUCAGAGGAGAACGUGUCUAUAUUCCUCCCUCCCUCCGUUCUCGAAUUCUCAAAGAACUGCACGUUGGCCAUUUGGGCAUUGUCAAAUGUAGACAAUUAGCUCGAUGUUUUGUAUAUUGGCCUGGAAUCGAUAGUGAUAUUCAGAAGGAAAUUUCUGCCUGUACUGAAUGUGCUGUAAAUGCCAAAGAUCCGGAUCGAGUCAAGCCACAUCCAUGGUUACCUACCGAAGAACCGUGGCAAAGAGUUCAUUUUGACUGUGCUCAAUUCGAGAGCAAGCAAAUGCUCAUUAUCGUGGAUUCAUUUUCGAAAUGGGUUGAAGUUUACCAGUUAAAUUCGAUGUCUGCCUCAAAGCUGUUAGAGUGCUUAGACGAAUGUUUUUCUCGUCUUGGUUUUCCUUUGGUUUGCGUCUCAGAUAACGCUCCGCAAUUUGUGUCGGAUGAAUUUUCUUCAUUUUUCAAGACCAACGGAAUAGAGCAUCGAACAUCAGCUCCGUAUUGUCCGAUAAGCAACGGCCAAGCCGAACGAUUUGUGCAGAUUAUCAAAUCUGGUUUGAAAACAGAUAAAAUCGGUUCGUUUCAGGAACGCCUAAAUCGUGUAUUGUUAUCUUAUCGGCGUGCUCCUAAUGUAGUGACAGGGAAGUCACCUGCCGAAUUAUUAUUUGGGCGAAAAAUACGUUCAAGAAUUUCUUUAGUGUUGCCUGUCAAAAAGAGCGAUACCAAGUUACCUUCGAAUGUGAAACGAAAAUUCGAUAUUGGCGAUUUAGUGCAUUUCCGUUUGUACUCCGGUUCUCAAAAAUGGUCUACUGGUAAAAUUCAAAAGAAAGCUGGAGAUGUAAUUUAUUAUAUUCGAUUUAACAAUCAAGUCCACAAAAGGCAUGUGAACCAGAUCAGAAAAGCGAGUUCUUCGAUUCCGAAUUGUCGAGACGAAACGAAUUUCGAGUUUCAAGUAUUGAACGAAAAUGAAGAUCAGCCCGUGGUUCGGGAUUUUCAAACCGAAGAAAAUGUGGGGCAUGGUUCGCCUAGCGUUUCACCAAAUGCGAGGCAUGUUUCGCCUAAUGUUUCGCUUAAUGAUUCUCCUAAAAUUUCACCGAAUUUAGGACCUCGUAGGUCAAAACGUGAAAAAAGAAAACCAAUUCGAUUUUCUCCAUAG